UCUUCUGGUUAGAAAGAACUGGGGCUCAGAGCUCCAGGGACCCUGGCAGAAAGCUGGACCGCACCAAAAACCCUUUGUCUGGAGCCACGAAGCUGGGGUCGGAAAUGGAGUCCCGUGGGUCUGGGGCCACCGCUGUUGAGCAGCACCUCCUCCAGUCCGAGACCCCAGGGAAGAGUGGGCUGCAGGCCACGUCGAGUGACCAAGUGGGAAGAACACUGCGCUGGUUCACCACUGUGGUUCUGAAUGCUGCUUUCCUGGGAAUGGGAGUGAGCGCUGCUGUGCUGGGACCCACAUUUCCAGACCUGGCCAGAAACGUGAACCGGAACAUCAGCAGCCUUUCUGAAAUCUUCGUGGGCCGAGCCCUCGGCUACCUGGGCGGCUCUGUGGUUGGUGGGGUGCUUUUCGACUGCAUGAAUCAUUUUCUACUUUUGGGGCUGUCCCACCUGCUCACUGCGGCCGGUCUUUACCUCACUCCUUUCUGUAAAACAGCUGCCUUACUGACUGCCAUGAUGUCUAUUACUGGUGUCUCAUUUGGUGUUCUGGAUACAGGUGGGAACGUCCUCAUCUUGGACCUUUGGGGGGACAAAGGAGCCCCACAUAUGCAAGCCUUGCACUUCAGUUUCGCCUUGGGUGCCUUUCUGGCUCCCCUGCUGGCUAAAUUGGCCUGGGGUACCACAGCAUCUGCUCAGAACCACACAGAGCCUCAGUUAGACCGUUCAGCCUUGAACCGAUCCUUUGAAGCCGCCUCAGACUCUGUGUUGGCAGUACCCGACGACAUGAAUCUUCUGUGGGCAUACGCUUCCAUCGGAACCUAUGUUCUAGUACUUUCUGUCUUCCUGUUUGCUCCAUUCUUUAAAAAAAGCUCAAAGCAGAAAAAAUCCGCAGCGUCUGCUCAGGGAGCUCGAAGAGCUAAAUACCACAGGGCCCUGCUAUGCCUCCUCUUCCUCUUCUUCUUCUUCUACGUGGGAGCUGAGGUGACCUACGGUUCUUUUGUAUUCUCCUUCGCCACCUCCCACGUUGGCAUGGAAGAGAGCGAGGCAGCUGGCUUGAACUCCAUCUUCUGGGGGACCUUCGCAGCCUGCAGGGGCCUGGCCAUCUUCUUCGCAACGCUCUUACAGCCUGGGACCAUGAUGGUGUUGUGUAACAUUGGCAGCGUGGCCUCAUCUUUCUUUUUGGUGCUUUUUGACAAGAGCCCUCUUUGCCUCUGGAUCGCGUCUUCUGUGUAUGGAGCCUCGAUGGCUGCCACGUUUCCCACCGGCAUCUCCUGGAUUGAGCAGUACACCACCUUAACUGGGAAAUCCGCUGCGUUCAUUCUGGUUGGUGCUGCCCUGGGACUAAUGGCGACUCCUGCAUUAUCUGGAAUUCUUCAGGGACACUAUCCCGAUCUGCCAGUAAUUCUGUACAUGUGUCUGGGCUCAGCAGUAUUAACAACUGUGUUAUUCCCUGUGAUGUAUAAAGUAGCCACCUUACCUCUGGAUCGAAAGCAGGAAAAAAGCAUCAACAGUGAGGGCCAGAAAAUAUUACUUUCUAGCUCUAGGCUAGUCAAGGAAGCUAAAUGAAAGAGGAAGGUGGAAAGGUGUGAAAGCCCGUGCGCGCGCGCGCGUGCGCGCGCGUGUGCGUGCGCAAUGGUUUUUGCGGUGGUUAAAAUGAAGAAUGGGACAUUCUCUAAUAAAAAUACAAUAGAAAUGCUUUUAUAUAACUCAUAGCUGAGGUCUCUAAGCAACUCUCCUGAAAUAUUCUGCAGCCCGUGUCUUCUCCAGCUGACAGGGAGCACGCAGUCAUGAGGCACCAGGUCUCCUGAGACCCCUUACACUGCCCUCAUUGAAGUUAUCUCCCAGCCCAUGAUUCUAGGAAAGAAAAGUAUUUCUAAAAUAAAAUCCACGACUUCCAGAGAUCCUGUAAGACAGCUCUGAGAGAUCAAUGUAACUGCCAGCACCUUCUUCAUUUCCAUGAAGUGAGACACAGAACAGAAAUAGUUUUAAGAGUAUGCUCCUGGGGCUGGCGAGAUGGCUUAGUGGUUAAGAGCACUGACUGCUCUUCCGGAGGUCCUGAGUUCAAAUCCCAGCAACCACAUGGUGGCUCACAACCAUCUGUAAUGAGAUCUGAUGCCCUCUUCUGGUGUGUCUGAAGACAGCUACAGUGUAAUCAUAUACAUCAAAUAAAUAAUAUUU